GUUACACCUUUUCAAGCAUUGGUCUCACAUGGUAUCCUGGGAAAUUACGGGGAUAUUUCUAUGUUUUCAAAGGGUUUAUACAUAGGGGAUGAUUUUCUGCGUCGUUCAAUUUUUAUUGUAGUAGUUGUUUAUAUGUAACGUACAAUAUGGUACUGGAGAGCGAUAUUUUGGACACCCUAGAGGCACUGGGAUACAAGGGCCCUCUACUGGAGGAAGAAGCUUUGCUGAAAGCAGCAGAAAGUGGAGCAUCAUCUACAGCCUUCACUGAACUUUGUGUGUGGCUAGCUGCACAGCUCAAACAACUGGGCAAGCUGGAAGAGGGCAUUGUUUCAACAGCUGGUGCUGAUGAUGUGGAAGGCUUUCAGUUGGAAGUUAGUGGCUUUCUGAAGGAGCUGGCCUGCCCAUAUUCAUCACUUAUUUCAGGAGAAGUUAAAGAGAGACUGAAGACAAAGGAAGAUUGUUUGAAACUACUAUUAUUUUUAAGUACAGAGCUUCAAGCCAUGCAAAUUGUACAGAGCAAACCAUCUCCACCUGUGUCCAAUGAAAUGCACCAAGAAAUUGAAGCAAUGUGUAAGACACUGGACCUGCCUAAACCUUCUGCAUCCACUAUUUCUCAGUCAUUCAGCAGUAUUGAAAGCAAGAUAAAGGAACUGCAGUCAAAAAUUCCUAAGGGGUACCUUGGAAAUCCAUUGUUAAAGUCUACCCUGACUUCAGAACAGUGGGAAAAGUUGAAAAAUAUUAAUGCAGCUCUGUGCCGCGAAUAUGACUGUCGGCAAAGAAUGUUACUGAAAAGAUUGGAUGUCACGGUGCAGUCAUUUGACUGGUCUGAGAGGGCAAAGGUAAGGACACUGUAG